AUGUCUUCUUCCUCGCAACUCACAGGCUCAGGUAUGGAACGGAUUCAGUACCACCUGGCAGCCAAGCUGGACGAGGUAACAAGGCUCAUGGGCAAGCUCUCGUCGGAUCUCCAGGACGUCAACCUCCUCCCACACCAACGAGAUGCGGAUCUGGAACAAUUGAAGGUCUAUGGGCGUGACCCCACCAAUGCCGACCCCAUCUUCACCAAAGAGGCAGGUCACACUCCCCGGGGCAUAGCUCCAGGGAUAGAGACCUUGACACGACACGCCUUCAACAGCCCCUCCCAGACAACCUCACGAAAUGCCCUACGAUGCCUAGCGAAUGCGCUGCUGUUGCGCGCAGACACGCGACAGAUAUUUUUGGAUCUGGGAUACGAGGCGAAAGCGUGCAACAAGCUGAAGAACGAGAGCUGGGACGAUGAAUUUCUAGUCUCACGGAUUAUCUUCCUCACAACAUACGAUGCAAAGGUGGACAUCGAGAAGCUGGUAGAUCAACACCAUCUGGCGGAGAAUAUAUGCUCGAAUAUCGGCCGGCACGCCAAACAAUAUGUCACCAAGCAGAAGAAUGUCAAGGAGCUGGACCCCAUGGAGGAUAUGGCAUUGAUCGAAUCGCUCAAGCUGAUGUUCAACCUCACACAUUUCUGCCCGCAACGAAGCGCGGCUUUCUCUCCAGCAUUGCCGCAUAUCCUCCUCAUCCUCUGCAAGCGACCGAUAUCUUCUACCAAACCUCUUGAUCCCCCAAUUGCGCCCCUCGUCAACGCUUUAAUCAACCUCGACCUCGAACGCAAGGACAGUGUGGCCGCACUCUUCCCAAAAGCUACCACCAACGCCAUUGUUGACCGAUUUGUGGAGAUACUUGAGAAGUCUGUUAAGGUUUACGUAGAUGAGGAACUGGAACAACUUGUCUCGCCUCUCCUUACCCUCUUUCGCAAGAUCUACGAACUCGCACCAGAAGAGACACAGAAGUAUAUGCGGAAGGUUAUCCUCCCAUCAACGACAGACAGACAACAGCCCCUAGGACGAGCAGAGUCCCUAUCUUCACGCCUUCUCCGUCUUUCGACCAACCCUACAACUCCCCAAGUUCGAGAAUCAGUUUCGGGUCUUCUCUUCGACAUGAGCGACAAAGAUGCGACGAAAUUUGUGCAAAAUGUUGGAUAUGGAUUUGCUUCUGGGUUUCUGUUUCAGCAUAAUGUCCCAAUUCCAGAAAAUGCCCUGGAAGCGUAUAGUACGAGUGACAGCGAGAGCAGUAAUACGAGGGCGAGCCAGGAUAGUCGACGUACACUGGACGGGAAGGUCAAUCCUAUUACGGGGCAAUUUUUGGACAAGGAAGAGAAGGUGGAAGAGGAGCCUAUGACACAAGAACAAAAGGAGAGAGAGGCAGAGAGGCUGUUUGUGUUGUUUGAGAGAUUAAAAAAGACUGGCAUUGUAGACAUCCAAAAUCCGGUUGAAGCGGCAUUCCAACAAGGGAGGUUUGAGGAAUUGGAUGAUGAUGCAGAUUCUGAAUGA